AUGGAACUCAAUCCUACUGAAAAAGACAAACUGCUGAUUUUUACAGCGGGUUUAGUUGCAGAACGUCGCAAAGCACGUGGAUUAAAACUCAAUUAUCCUGAAUCUAUUGCAUUUAUUUCCGCAGCACUGCUUGAAGGUGCACGAGAUGGAAUGACCGUCAGUGAAUUGAUGCAUUUUGGCACCACUUUACUCAGUCGUGAUGAUGUGAUGGAGGGUGUGCCUGAGAUGAUUGCCGAAGUGCAGGUAGAGGCUACUUUUCCAGAUGGCUCGAAGCUCGUCACAGUCCAUCAACCGAUUGAUAAGCAUAUGAUCCCUGGUGAAAUUAUUACACCUGAUUGUGAUAUUGAAAUGAAUGUCGGUCGUGAAGUACUAAAAAUUUCAGUGUCAAAUAUAGGUGAUCGGCCGAUUCAAGUGGGUUCACAUUUUCAUUUUUAUGAAGCCAACGAUGCUUUGCAAUUUGAUCGUGAACGUGCCAAAGGUUUUCGUUUAAAUAUUGCGGCUGGUACAGCGGUUCGGUUUGAACCGGGGCAGCGACGUGAUGUAGAAAUCGUUGCACUGGUCGGAAAACGUGAAGUCUAUGGUUUCGCAGGGCGUGUGAUGGGUAAGUUGGACUAA